GCUAAUUAAUUAAGCUCUGCCCACAUCGUCAUCACAGUUCUUCUUUUCCAGCACAAUUUCGUCCUAUAUAUCUUCAGCGAUGUUACAGAGGAUUCAGGUGAGGGUGGAGGGCUUUUGUGCCAGGAACAGCCCCAAAUGCCAGCAGAAAGUAAUCGACACCAUCGACCAAGUUUGCAACUCCGGAGGGGCUGAACUUUACAGCAAGGGCGUCUCCUGCGAGUCGGACGGCGUCAUGAUUAUUCACCUGGUUGGCACCGGCAUCGACCAGGAGAGGCUGGGCAAGGAGUUGAAGAAGAAGAAGAAGCGGCGCAGGGUCAGGAUCUUCACCACAGAGUCCCCGCCCCAAUCGCCCGGGGAAUCGAGCGGCGGCGGCGCGGGGAAUUAUUAUUACGGGGCUGCUCCUCCUCCGCCGCCGCCAAUGUACCCUCCGGGAUACGGUCCGCCGCCGCCGUAUUAUCCGUACUGGCAAUAUCCAGCACCGCCGCCGCCGGAGCCGGCAAGCUAUGAACCGUCCCCGCCGCCUCCGUAUUAUCCGUACGGGCAGUAUCCGCCGCCGCCGCCGCCAGUCCCGGGGCCGUACUACGAAGGCGGAGGAGCUACGCAGCAAUACCAUAACAAUUAUCAACAAGAUGGUCAAGGGUACGGGCAGUCGGGUUUUGACGCUUUUAGCAGCGAGAACCCCAAUGCCUGCUCUAUUAUGUGAUGAUUUCACGCCGCCAGCCGCCCGCCAUUGAUUUUUAGGGUUAAUUUUGUUUUUUUUGGGGGUGUUCAUGUUUGUAAAGGGAGAGCUCUUUUUGGCUAGUUGAGCUUAGGGGAGUUGGUUAGUACUAUUUUUGAGCGUUUAGAGUAGCGUGGCAAUUCUGGUUUUGUGAAAUUUUGAUAGAUCGAGUAGAUUGUAUGCUUUAUUUUUUUCUACGAAUUAAAAUGAUUUAUUUGCCAACUUCUAUAUCAAAUAUAAUCACUUAUUUAGGGUGGAAUCUGAGUACUCUUUUGUACUAUCUAACAAAAUUUCUCGGAUUAUAACAACAAGGAGGAAGGAUUGGACCUUUAGACCUUUGGCAUGACAAACGGGAGAUAUGGGCUUCCUCACGGAGGCUUUGGGAGAGGCCGUAGCCCUAGCCUGUGUCUGUAAAGAAAGAGCGUGAGUCAGCCCGAUAAGCUCUUUAUCCAGUCCAAAUUGAGAACCUGGGCCUGUUUUCCUCGUUGUUUUAAGCCUAUUUUGAACAUAUUCUCAUAAUUAGAAAAUAAACUCUAUUAUGACUUAUGAGGUUCAAUUUAUUAGGUAAUUCUCCGAGUUAUAUGAACACGAAUGCACUUUUAAGAAUUUUGGAUUCGAAUUGGGUUUGAAUUAGGUCUAGAUGAUUAGACCCAAAUGAGUCUGGUUGGCUCUAGAUGAUUGUAUAAAAAAAGAAUAACAAUCAUUUUGUGAACUACGUACCUUUAACCCAUUUAUACACUUUUAAUAUAAGUUUUCCAUCUUUCUAUUUGUUUCAUAACAAAAAAAUUAGAAAUAAAUUUGCAUUAAAACCGUGUACCCGUUUUAUUUUGGACUUCCAAUAAUAUGGGUCUAAACUAAAAAAAAAAUGGGUAUGAUAUGCUCCAAAAAUAAAAUUAACCAAGCUUGCUUUGACGCAGGAUAAGUUUGAUUUGGACAAUAUCAAAAUAUUGGUUCCAUUUUGCCAUCGCUACUUGUGAACUCCAGAUUGAAGACUAUUAGUAGAACUACUAGACCAAAGACCUUGUUGUAGUCAUUCUUAGUUUAAUGCUCUGAGAGAAUUAGAAUCAGAACAUAUUUUUAUUUUCUUUCUUUUGUCGUAAUUUCUUCAAUUUAUCGUUCUAGUUUAGUGGUGGCUAUACGGUCCGGUCUGGUUAAAUUGGACCAAAUUGAUCCGGUCUCAGUCCGGUCUUUUCGGGAAUAUAAGGACCAAAGAUUGGAUUGGAUACAGUCCGGUCUUGCUUCGGUCCGGUCUUGACCCGGUCUGGUCCCAAUUUUAUCUUGAUUUUAGGUGUUGGGGGUCUCUUAUCCGGUCUUUAUCCGGUUUUUUACCUCAAAUCUAAGCCCGAAUAUGAGAUUGCAUUGUUUGCUAUCCGGUCCCAGUCCGGUCCCGGUCCGGGUUAUACGGUCCGGUUUCGGGUAAAACCAAACCGUCCGGGACCAAAUAGCCAGCCCUAUUUUAGUUCAUACAUUGCGUGAAUAAGUAUAACCCAAUUUCUUUCCUUUUUUACAAUCAUUUUGAUUGGAUUACCAUCUAUUUUUUUCUUUCUCAAAACUUAAAAUCAUUAUCCAAAAGUAUUAUAUUAAUUAUGAUCUAUAAAGCAUUAUGAAUUUU